AUGAGUGAUAAAUUAUUAUUGAACUACAAGGGAAACUUGGACGUUUCGGAUAUCCCAGGUGCUUUGACUGGAUCUAAAGUGAGUUCCAUCUAGAAGAUUCAAGGGCGAGAUUAUAUGAAGGUGCAUGAUAUCCCAGGUGCAAUCCCUAAGUUGAACGUUGGGUAUACUGGUCACAGAAGACUUGAUGAAGAGGAAUACAGAGGGAACAGCAAUGAUAGACAGGUUAGCAACUAGACUGAUCUGAUUGGGAGACCCUAGCUAAAGCAAAGAAACUAGGAAUUAGGGGCCAGUGGUCAUCAUAGAGGAUUGAGUCAAGUAGUUUAAGCUCAUGGAAACUACCAAGCUGUCAAUGCAUAACAGAUUGAUCAUCAGUAACUCUAUCACACUUUCAAGCAGCAAGAACCUCCACUUAAAUCUGAUAUAAAUUCACAAUACUAACAGCAUUAAAGCUCAGUUCCUAAGACUAACUACUAAGACUUUAAUACUCAGUAAAGCAACUAGAAAUAAUAGCAAUAAAACUACUAGCAGUAUGAGGAUGCUUUAGAUAAAUUCAUGACUGAGAGAAAUCAUAACUCCAACAAUAAUCAAAGGCCCCAGCCCAAGCUUGAAUAAGCCAACUACUAGAGAUCUUAAUCAAUCUUGGACACUCAAACCCCGAGGCAGUAGGCAGCAGAUUAUUUGAAUUCAGGAGGAUUACUUUCUUCGAGAACAAGUCAAGUGACGAAGAGCACAGCCAAUCUUAUUUUGAAGCCAAAGCAGGAUGAUCUCUACUCCAAUCUUACUCACACCUAGAAGAAACUUCAGCUGAAGCAAACUUAAGGCGAAUAUAGUCCUAAAAAUAUGCAAGAAUCCCCGCACUAGGUGCAGAGGAAGAUCAAAGAUGUGCAGUCAUCAUUUGUACUAAACGAGGAUGGCAAGGGAAGUACACUUCAUACUAACUAUCUAGAUUAGAUGAGCAGCUAAAAGCAGCAGUCUGAUAUGCUUAAGCAGUCAUUCAGAAAAGGAAAUCCCUUGUUUAACAUUAAUGCUUCUACUAUACCAGAGACUGGUAGAUAUGAUGUAAAUGAACUUUAAGGAUCAGUAAAGAGAAGUUUAUGUCUUGCUCCUUCAACCUCAUUAGGACAGUACCACAAAGAGGAGAUAGAAGAGAGCAUUUAAAACCGGGAGUAUACCAAGUUAGGCGGAGGCAAUUCGAAUGUCUAAAUGCCUAAUGAUCUGAAUAACAUUCAAUAUCAUAGAAAGAACCCUCUCAAGGAUUAUACUUAUAGCGCUCUCACUGGAGCUUACUACUAUAAAGCACCUAAUUGA